CGCCCGGAAGUGUCUUAGGCGAGGGGAAGGCGCGCUUGCAGGGAGCCUCACCGCUAUGGGCCGCAACAAGAAGAAGCGAGAUGGUGACGACCGGCGGCCCCGGCUCGUUCUCAGCUUCGACGAAGAGAAGCGGAGGGAGUACCUGACAGGCUUCCACAAGCGGAAGGUGGAGCGGAGGAAGGCAGCCAUUGAGGAGAUUAAGCAGCGGCUGAAGGAGGAACAGAAGAAGCUCCGGGACGAGCGCCACCAGGAAUACUUGAAGAUGCUGGCAGAGAGAGAAGAGGCACUGGAAGAAGCAGAUGAGCUGGACCGGCUGGUGACGGCAAAGACAGAGUCAGUGCAAUACGACCACCCCAACCACACAGUCACCGUGACCACCAUCAGUGACCUGGACCUCUCGGGGGCCCGGCUGCUGGGGCUUCCCCCGCCUGAGCAAAGGGAUGGGUCCGAGGAGGAGGCGUCAUCCGUGGAGAAGCCAACCAAGGCCUUACCCAGGAAGUCCAGAGAUCCCCUGCUCUCUCAGCGGAUCUCCUCCCUCACGGCGUCGCUGCACGCACACAGCCGCAAGAAGCUCAAGAGGAAGCGUCCCCGACGGGCCCAGGACUCCACCAAGAAGCCUCCGAGUGCCACUCGUACCAGCAAGACCCAGCGCCGCCGACUGACAGGCAAAGCCCGGCACAGCGGGGAGUGAAACUGAGAACCAAGGGGUACCCCAGUCUAGGCUGCGGGGCCCUGUCCUGUCUCAGCUUGGCUGUCCCUGUAACCAGCCUGCACUGAGGUGAUGACUCACAGCCCAAGGUUGGGAAGCCAGGACCUCUGGCCUGGGGUUUGAACCCCAGAAGGAGCAGAGGCUGAAAGCUGGCCUCCCCCGGGAGGAGACUUCAGGGCCAAGUUCGAGGUGCCUUCCCAAAUGUAUACGCCGCCCAGCACUCGUAAGAUUUGUGA